AUGAUUCAAAACUAAGAUAAAUUGGCUAUCAAUUUAUACGCAAUUACAUUCGAUCCUCAGGACACUGAAUGCUUCAACAAAUUAACUGAAUUCUUCAGCUUUAAAACUUUAAGAUACAUAGACUCAAACUUUGAAUCGAAGCUCGAAAAUAUGAGGGAUGAAAUUCGAUUACAAAUGGUGAAGGAAAAAAAAGUGUAGUUGAUUGUAGUAUUGAAUGAGCUGUAUUCUGUACAGCAAAUUUAAAAGAUCUACAGUCUGUUUUAAUAUAAGGAUUUACAGUACAUUAUUGCUUAGAGGAAGUCAUCAAAGCUACUUGAAGUGAAUUUUCUAGAAAAUUUGCAUACCCAGAGCUAAGAAGAGGUGGCCUAAAAUUUAAUGGAUUAAUAUAGCAUAAAUUCUGAUCUAUUCUAGAUUAUCAAUACAAACUUGGACACAUAGGGAGAUAGCUUUAAGUUUUCCGCUGAUGAAAUUCAGUUAGAUGAGAUAAGCUUUUCUUAAAAGUUAAAACUAGUUGAAAGAAAGCACUUCUAAAGUUUGGGAUAGAAAUAUGGAUCUCCGCCUAAAAAAAGAUUAUUGGCAAGGUUCAGCAAUAAGAUUAUACUGGAUCACUAAUUAUUCGACUCCUCAAUAGAAUUGAGCAGCUCACAAAUAAGCGAGCUUGAGAAUCUGAGCGAAGUUUCAAACAGCUUUCAUAUUGAUGACACCAUUUGGUGUAUUGUUGAUAAUAACAACUUAAUGCUAGUAGACUCAUCUUAAGCAAAUAAAUUAAUAUCAGUUGCUCAAGUUCUUCACCCAAUAAAGUCGAUAGAAUUCGUUAAGCAAGACAGUGUGCUCAUUGUAUUUUAAAACUUUGGAAUAAUCACUACAUUCAAAUUAAAGGAGAAAUAGAAUAAAACUAUACAAAGUAUUUUAUGCAUGAGCCCUAAGAAGUCAAACAAGUAUCUGAUGACUAAACCACCUAAGAGCCUAGAGUAAAUAGAAUAAUUCAGAGUUAAGGAAGUGUUUAAUUGCACGAGCAAACUAUCUGAGCAGGAAAUACUUAUUGGAACUAGCAAAGGACUUCAUAUUUAUAGAUAUGAUAAGAAACAGAUGAGCCCAGAGACUUUUGAAAUGCUUAGGAAUCAAUAAGUCUUAUAAAUAGUCUAAAGUGAAAACUUAGAAUAUCUGAUUAUAACUAGGACCUCGAAAGGUUACUAACUUAAUUAAGUGAACAUUGACAGAGAAACUACAAAGAUCAUUUAUCAAUUUGACUGUUUUACAGAUACUGAAUUCAAAGCCCUGAUUCCAAUUAAGCAUGGAUAUUUAAUUCAAGAUUCAGAGAGAGUGGUUUUAAUCGACUAAAACGGAUCAGUAGUAGAUGUGUUAGUUCUAAGAGAAAAGGAAAAUGACAGAGAUACUAUAUCCUCAAAAAUGGUAGAAGUGUUCAAUAUGAUUGACUUGAGACCAGAAUACUUGUUUGUGCUUAAUGAUAGUAUCUGCGAAAUAGUUCUAGUUUGA